AUGUCUAACGACGAGAAGCCAUUCCUGGAUGUCGUGAGUGGUCAUCUAGGGCCCCUACCCGUCCUCUUGCGAAAAUACACCGACGAAGCGGCCGACUACAUUGAAGGCCAUGUUGAUCAAGCCGCAACUUUCGUCCGCCAGACAAUAAACUCAACACCAUGGGUUCCGGAAGUCAUCAAGGGAGUCACUCCCGCUCCUCCCCCGCCACCAGAUGUAGCUGCCGUCGCCUUAUCUCGAUUUGAAAGAUUUCAGGAUUGGGUAGCAAGGCACAAAAUCCUCACCGGCCUCAUAGUCGUCACUUGCAGCUAUGGUGCCUACAAAGGAUACUUGGCAAACAAGUCUUUCCGAAAAAUCCGUCGGGCGAAGAGGGCAAGGAACGGUGGACGCACCGAUGUUGUCGUCAUCGCGGGGUUGGCCUCUCUUCCAUUGACCAAGUCUCUUGCUUUGGACAUGGAAAGACGUGGGUUCAUUGUCUUCGUCGUGUGCAACGCCGCCGAGGACGAGAGUACUGUCGCUGCUCUCGCCCGGCCUGAUAUCCGACCACUCGUGAUCGAUACGACUGAUCCUCCACGAGCUGGAUCAUCGAUCGAGCGCUUUGCUGAGCACAUCCAGUCGCCUCAAGCUCCAGGCCCCAACAUCAAGCCGAACCAGCUGACUCUGAAGGCUAUUAUUCUGAUCCCCAGUCUCCACUAUCAGACUUCUCCCAUUGCCACUAUCCCACCUUCCAGUUUCGCCGACCUCUUCAACACGCAUCUUCUCCAGCCGAUCCUCACAAUCCAAGCCUUCCUGCCUCUUCUGACGUCUCGACUUCAGCCUGUUGGGGAGAAAUGGGUCCCUCCCAAGGUUCUUGUCUUCACGCCAUCCAUCAUUUCUUCCAUUAACCCACCCUUCCACGCUCCCGAAGCCACCGUUUGCUCUGCCCUCUCCGCCUUUACUGAGGUUCUGACCGCAGAGCUUCGGCCGCUUGACAUUCCUGUCACCCAUAUGCAGCUGGGAACCUUUGACUUCUCUGGCUUCGUACCCGCCCGACAGGCUGCUGCCAUGCUCGCUGGCAACCCAGAGGACACCCUUGUUUGGCCAGAUGGUGCAAGGCAUGUUUACGGUCGUAACUUUGUUGCCCAGUCCAGUUCCGCAAUCUCCGGUGGUCGUAUCCGUGGGCUCAAGGGCAGCUCUCUGCGAAACCUGCACAACUCCGUCUUUGAUGUCAUCGACGGCUCCAUCACCUCCACCUCCGUCCGCGUUGGCCUCGGGGCUGGCGUCUACGGCUUCGUGGGUAGAUGGGCUCCCCGAGGUCUCGUGUCUUGGAUGAUGGGUAUCCGAAAGGUUGACCAACUCUCGACGUGGAAGACAAACUCCGACGCGGGCUCAUCCACCGAGGAAAGUGAGGACGGUGAAUCGAGCACCGACUUCAUUGCCGUUCCUCAGGAGAAGAACGUCUGGCAUGCCGAGACUGAGGGCAACGUCUGGUCUCCUGCACGCAAGGCCAACUAA